UCCUCCAGUUAGAUUUCAGACUCUAAUCUGUGCUGUGCCCUGUGAGUGAUCUUAUGUAAGUGUCUGUGUGAACUUCUAAAAUAAGCUCAUAUUAUAGAGGAAAUGUUAUUUAUUAAUCCAAUAAUAUACCACUGUCUGUGAUCAGCUAUCCAGCUGUCACUUGGUACAAAUCUUGUUAAAUGUUGACAUUUCUGCAUUGGUUAUAAGCCGAUGUUGUUGUUGUUGUCCUCUUUUUGAGAAUCCAGCACUAUGGAGGUUAUUGAGAUCUGGGCCAGUGGGUCCUGCACCACAAGGUUAAGCGGCAAUGUGAUUAUCCCCAUCAUGUGAUCUACAGCCGGGGUAUGAAAGAGGGCCUUUUAUAUGAGCUGUGAGCACUUCUCAGAGGUUCGCAUGCACUGAACAGAUACACCACAGCCUCUCCAUCUCGUGGAACUGAGGAGGUGACCCUGCUGGGGGGUUCAUCAUGGAUCAUCAUACCCCGGGCCACGCCUCCAACUUUCAGUGGCUUUCCUUUGCCUACCAGGGCCUGACAGAAAUCCCCUAUGACACAAUUCUAACACAGAUGGACACUCUGGAGGUGCUGGACCUGAGUUACAAUCUCCUGAAUGAACCUUAUUGGAACCCGGCUCUGCUGGGUCAGCUGGAGAAGCUCAGCACUCUGAUCCUGGACUGCAACAACUACACAUCUCACAUCAAGUUCCCCUACAUGCCCAGUGUCACCACCGUGUGCAUCAACAAGAACAAGAUCAACAAUCUGCCUGUGUUUGUGGAGGAAAUCCGACGGAAGUUCCCAAACAUAAAGAUCCUCAGUAUGAUGAACAAUGAGGCAGCACCUAGCUAUUUCAAUGGAGGAAGUCUGACCCAGUACAAAGACUACAGACAAUACGUCAUCAGUCAGAUCCCAAGCCUGGAGAUCCUGGAUGACACUGAGGUCUUGGAGAAGGAGAGAGCCCAGGCAAGAAAAACCUACCGGCUGCAGCAGAGCAGCCACAGCAGCAGAAAGAGGAAGGAGGACUCAUCAAAGAAACACACGCACAUACACAAAAAGUCAAAUACUCUCAUAAGACAAUAGGAUAUAUUACGUUUUUGAAGCCUUCCCUGAAAAUCCACCCGCACACUGCCAACAAUCACACACUGUCUGUUCUGUAUCUGCUUGUUUCAGCUCAUAUUUGAAGCUACAGGAUGUUUACACAGAGUUUAAUAUUCAAAUCCAAACACCAUGUUUUAUAUAGCUGUAUUAUCUAAUUAAAAACAGAAAUAUUA